AUGAAUGAGCAAAGAGUCACCUAUGCAGAGCUGAAGCUGGCAAAGGACUCAAAAAGGCCACAAGUGAAACCUAAAGAGAGCAAAAGCUCCACCACUGGAACUGAGCAGGGAGUAACCUAUGCAGAAUUAAGUCUUCACAAUGCUGCUCGGGAUCCUCAGGAGAAUGGCAAGUCCUGUCACCUCAGAGGCCUAUCAGCACCUCUGGAGAAGCGCAUUGCUGGGAUCUUGGGACUCACCUGCCUUGUCUUGAUAUGCAUUAUUGUGCCCAUGAGAGUUAUUUCCUAUACUAAUAAAAAGCCAGAGCAGAAUGAUUUCUCCUCAGAGCAGAAUGAUUGCCCAAACGUCACUAAUAGCCAGAAAGCCCUUGAAGUUGAUGAUGAAGAUUCGACAACCAUGGUAGCAAAGUCUUUAAGUCAUAGACGAGUCAGAAGACACAAAUCAGGGAACUUUUGA